AUGGAUGUGCGCUUGUUAGAUCAAGCUGCAAUGUCAUGGUAUUUAAUUGGAACUACUGCUCAUAUUUGUUCUGAAAUAUAUGUCUAUCGAAAUAAUCGAGAACCGAUUCCAAAUAAUCUAUAUGCUUUUCUUGUAUGUGGUUCAGCAUUUGGAAAAAGUGCAUUUUAUCAACUGUUUUUGAGCGCAAUUGGUAAAUGCCGUAUAUCUGAUGAAGUAAGCAAUGGUGAUGCAACAUUCGAUAUUCGAGCAUCAUCAACGAAUAAUAUUGAUACACGACAUUUUCUCGAUGAGAUGUCAAGAGGUGGUCUAUUAAAACAACUCAGUGAAAAUGAUAAAGUUGUUUUAUUAGAUGAGGCAGACAGCUUUCUGAAAAGAAAUGGUCUUAUUAUUGAAGGACCCAUACGUGAACAUAAUAAUGUAUAUGAAAUAAUUUUAACGUUAUAUUCUGGUAAGGCAACAGUAAUAAAAAGCUUAACUAAUUCAACAACAAGUCUUUUUCUCCACAAGCUAAACAUAUUAGCUAAUACAACCGAAGAACCAAUUUUACGACUAAUGAAAAAAAAAUUCAGUGGUGAACUUCCAAAUCCAUUUGCUGAACGUUCUCUUUUUCUUUUUGUUUCGACACAACUAACACUUGAGCGUCCUUUUCCACUUGCUUGGGAUGAUGAAAAUGAACCUACAGUCGAUCAAAUUAUGUUUACAUCCAGUCUGCUUAUGAAUUUAAAGUUUUAUUAUGGGACAUCUGCUCGUUUUAUGACUGUUGCUCAUGGAAAUUUAUUAUCUAAAUUAAUGAUAAAAAAUGAGAAACGUGAUAAAUGGUUAACUGCACGUCUUGGAAAAUCUCGUGAUCAUCUUCAUCGAUUGGCAGUGAAUCUUCAACUUAUUCAAUUAACAUUUGAUUUACUCGAUCAAUACAAAACUGAUUUUGGAAGUUUCAAUAUUCAAUCUGAUAAUAUUGUUUUUCAACAACGAAUGAAACAAAUAGUAAAUACGUUUCUUGGUCGAACAAGUAAUAAAAUCAGUAUUAAGCUGGAAAUUCGUUUAUCAAUUGCAAAUGCAGCUGUUAAAUUAUUAAAUUUAUUAUUACAUCAAUAUUUGUGUAUCUUUGGUGGCGAUAAUACAGCUCUAAAUACAGAUGAUCUUCAAAUGAUUGAAACUAUCACAGUUAAUCUGAAUGAGAAAACAACAGCAACCACGAUAAAAAAUCAACAAGAAACAAAUGAACAAUCAAUUAAAGAUUUGGCCAGAGCCAUUUUAUUACAUGAUGAAAUUGCAUUCACAAGAACAAAACUCAGUAAUUGUGUUCCAUUAUGGAAACGAAAAAGCAACCAUCGUCAAGAUGCGAUUGAACUUCUAAUAAAAAAAAAAUUGAUUAUCACUGUUGAAAAAGCAGCAAAACAAAUAUUAACACGAAGAACGUUUAAUAUGUGGCUUAAAUGUGUACCUAAAUCGUUUGAUUUGACGGAUUUAGAAGAAUUUCAACAAUCACUUGCCGAAUUUAAUAUUGAUUGGGAUAUAUUUCAACGAACGUUGUGGCACUUUCAGCCUCCUGUAGGCAUUGUUAUUAGUACUGAUCUAGCUAAUCGGUUGAAAGCUGAACAUUACAAAUCGUUUAUAAAAUUUAAUAUUGAUGUUUUAACCGGAAUGCCAAAUGAUGAUACAUCUACUCAAGAUACAGAUGAACAGAACAACAACAACAACAAUCAUCAUGAUCGUAAUGCAAUUAGCAUUUUGACAGAUCCUACAACUGAUGAACGAAUUAGCUCACUUCAACAUUCAACAUCAAAUCUUCAAGAUAUUUUACAAUCAAAUCCUUUUACAACAGCUACCAAUUCGACAACAAGUAUUAUUGAUGAAGUUUCUACUGAUAAAUCUGAAGCUGUUACUGGUUAUCGAUUACCUCGUCCAAAAGAUUUAGUAGCUGCAAGAAAUAAACAAGCUGCAGUAAAUAGAUCUUGUGUGAUUGAAGAAAAAUAA